AUGAUUUCUUCUUCAUCACCAUCAACAACCCUCCACCACCACCCACCAACAUCUCCACCACCACCCUCACGACGAAACAUACUCAUUUCGGGAUUAGGUGGUGGACUCGAUAUCCACAACUCCAUGCUCAUGUACUUGCUUUUCAAAGAAGGAAAGACUUAUUUAACAUCAACUUCAUCACCACUAAUGGCUUCAUGUACUUAUGAUCAUAAUCAUGCUACUACUACUACUACUACGACUAUUACGACGACUCAAGAAUUUCCCUAUUCGAUUGAAAAUAUAUAUUUAGGCUCCAUUCGUCCCUGUAAAACUUCCGAUAUUGAAAAUCCGUUACAAAUUCUCUCAUCAAGUGUUGCCUUGAUUCAUUCAGAAAGUAAAAUUAAAAUCAAAGGACGUUAUUUGGAGCCCACUCUUGCCUCCGUAUUGAAUGAAAACAUCUUUUUAAUGACUGGUUCUCCGACGGAUACACAUUCGAAUAUAAAACAAAAUGAUGAACACUGGAAUGGAAUUGAGAAUUUAAAAGAAGGCCUCAAAGAUGUCGUUCAACGUUAUGAAUUGACGGAUUUGAUUGUGGUCGAUGGUGGAGGAGAUUCUUUGAUCUUGAAACCUUCAGAUUCUAUUGAUAAAAUUCAUUCUAGUGUAUUCGCGGGAGGAGAUGCUGUGGUCUUGAGUGCUCUCCAUAAACUCUCUCAAGAAAUGCCACAAUUGAAUUUAAUUCAAGGAAUUAUUAGUGUUGGAUUGGAUGUCAAUCGAAAGGCUUUUAAACAAAAUAUUAAAGCCAUUGCACAUCGAGGAGGAUAUUUUGGAAGAAUUAAUUUUGCAACUGGAAAAGACAAGGAUACUCGAAAACAUUCCAAUGAAUUUGUGAAUGCUGUCACUCGAUAUUUAUUUGGAAAUGAAUGUAUUCGAAAGAAUGUUUUAGAGAAAUUUUUCGAACUUUCUGAACAAUAUUUGGUCCUUCAAGAAGAUCACUUACCACAAAGUAGAAUCAUUUCCAACGAAACUCGCCCUACUCGUUUCAUGUCUCAUACAGCAGUUGUGACGUAUCAUGCUUUGAAAGGUAAUUUUGGAUUGAGGAGAACCUUUGUACCAUGGGAACCUAAAUUACAGCAAGGAAAAGGAGUGAUGGUAGAGGAGGAUCAUCAGUGGAUGUAUUUGGUGAAUCCAGCUAUUGCAGAAAUGUUGAAAAUCUCUCAAAAUAGAAGUGAAUAUGACCAAUUGAACAACCUUGAAAAGUAA